CGGACCUCGGUGUAGCUCUUCUGUCUGUGACGUCUCCGUAGACUCUUGCUCACCUCUCCCUUGCCCGCUUUUUUGACAUCGCCCUUUUGCCCGGCUUCUCCCGCGUCCCGGCCCCACGGGGUGGGGUGUGGGGGGUGGGGUUGCAAAGCCUGCCAGAGCCAUGGAGGACGAGAUCAUUCGCAUCGCCAAGAAGAUGGAUAAGAUGGUGCAGAAAAAGAACGCGGCUGGGGCACUGGAUUUACUAAAGGAACUUAAGAAUAUUCCCAUGACCCUGGAAUUAUUGCAGUCCACAAGAAUUGGAAUGUCAGUAAAUGCAAUACGCAAGCAGAGCACAGAUGAAGAGGUUACAUCCUUAGCAAAGUCCCUCAUCAAAUCCUGGAAAAAGUUGCUAGAUGGACCAUCUACUGAUAAAGAUUCUGAUGAAAAGAAAAAAGAACCUUCUAUCUCCUCCCAAAACAGCCCUGAAGCAAAAGAAGAAAGUAGCUCCAGUAGCAAUGCAAGCAACAGAAAGGAAGAAACAAAUGCUUCUGAUUCCUUCAUUCCAUCUUUUCCCCGGGCACCAAGCACUUCAGAUUCAGUUCGAAUGAAGUGCCGAGAGAUGCUUGCUGCAGCCCUCAGAACAGGAGAUGACUACAUUGCUAUUGGGGCUGAUGAAGAAGAACUGGGAUCUCAAAUUGAGGAAGCUAUAUAUCAGGAAUUACGGAACACAGACAUGAAAUAUAAAAAUAGGGUACGAAGUAGAAUAGCAAAUCUCAAGGAUGCAAAGAAUCCAAAUUUAAGGAAAAAUGUACUGUGUGGAAACAUACCUCCAGAUUUAUUUGCUAGAAUGACGGCAGAGGAAAUGGCUAGCGAUGAACUUAAAGAGAUGCGCAAAAACCUGACCAAAGAAGCAAUUAGAGAACAUCAAAUGGCCAAGACAGGCGGGACUCAAACUGACCUAUUUACAUGUGGCAAAUGUAAAAAGAAGAACUGUACCUAUACACAGGUUCAAACUCGCAGUGCUGAUGAACCUAUGACAACAUUUGUUGUUUGCAAUGAAUGUGGAAAUAGAUGGAAGUUUUGUUAGAAGGAACUGGGAAAGACACCUGGACGUUUAUGAAAGAUGAUUUUUGUAAUUAGCUUUAAAAACUAGGCCAAGGAUCUAGUUUCCCUGCAAAUGAGAUUUUUAAAGCGGCAAUCAUCCUUUGGGUUCAUCUUUUGUUUUUGACACAACCAUCCCUUUCUUAAAAGCCUUCUUCUUAUAGUUAGUCAGUGGUUAGAUCAGAUAUUCAAUUGUAUGGUGUUUGUUUAAAACUAUUUUUUCAUUUUUAUAAGUAAGUCAACAUUAGACUUUUAUCAAUUUAAGCUUUUGGUAACAUUUGUUUUUCAUAACAAAUGGAAAAUGUACUUUAACUUUUUUACCAAUCUGAAACAUACACAAGAGAUUUUUUACUUCUCUAUUAAUGUGAAAGUGGAAUUUGCAUUCCAUAUUAGCAUGUUCCUACUAAUAUUAAGGGAGAAGAAAGACUAGUGUAAUUUUAGGUUUACCAAGUGUAGUGUAGUAACAAAAUAAUACUUGGACAGCUUAUCUACUUUGUAAAUAUCAUUUUUUGAAUUAGCAUCUCACUUUGAUCAUAAUGAUUUAAUAAUAAGCCUUAGUGAUUAGAUAUCAUUUGCAUCUGUGACUAGUUGUGACCAAUAUAAUUUGUUGUACUUUUCUUAAGUCUGUAAAUUACUUGCUCUUAAUAGAUCUUGCUUCUGGAGAAAUUACUUUAAGUACUUUGUUAAAAUAUCAAUUGGCCUUAUUUUUUAUUUACUUGUUUGACAUUGUAUUUUAUUUUAGUUUUUGCAGAUGAACAAGGUCAUUGGUGGAUUUUCAACUACAUUAUUUUAGAUCAGUUCUUCACAAGAAGAUAGAUUGAGGGGAAUACUAUUAAACUUCACCAUUUACUAUAGUUUUCCUAAACUGCUCAUAAACUUUAUUUUGAUGUGUAGAAUAAUAAUAAUAAUCAGUGAUCAAGUUUGAGAGCCAGUUUACAACAUUAAAGUUAUAUUCUUCUCACAUCUAGGUUGACAGAUUUUUUUUCUCCUAGAGUCUAUUUUCUGAUUCAACUUUUAAAACCACUAAAUGCUGUUCAUUAAAGUGGGGAUACACUUGUUCAAACUUUUCCUUAAUGGCAGUGCUAUUAAGUGCUGAAAAAAAUUUUUUUCCAUCUUCAGAUACCAAACAGAUAACAUUUAAUAAUUUCGGAAUGGUGUUGUUGUUAUUCUUUGUGCCAUUUCAAAUCCUCUUGAGCGUUCCCCCACAAUAUGUACAUAUAUCACAGAUCAAUUUGAAAUAAUGUGGAGAGCUACUAAAAGAUUAUAUUGGUUUAAAUCUGUAUUUAAAAAUUGGCCCAUUUAGGCUGCUUCAUCCCCAGAAUGACAAAUGAUCUACUCAAAUGAAGGAAAAUGUUUGACUUAUGGUUUAAAAAUGAUAAAAGAAAUUUGAAAAAAGUUAAAAAACAUUAAGUUAAUAGAAAUCUUAUGUAACUCAAAAGUGUUCCAUUUUUCAAACAACUCAAUAAAGGUCUUUUUAU